AGUUUGCACAGGCUCAUCAUCAAUGCAGCCAAUUACUAUAUGUAAGGGAAUGGUUCUAAACAGCGAGGAAUAUAAUAUAUUGUGCUGCUAGUAUAAAGCCGUUCCAUAUAGGAUAUAUAUAAUCGUUUCGUGACCUAUGCUAAAGAUGGGUUCUUCUGCAAGUGCUAGAAGGAUUCCACCAGUGCAACAGAUCGCAGAACCUCCAUCUGUCGAAAACUCAAAAGCUAGCCGAGAAGUAGGAGGCCACAAUGAAGCGGACAGUGGUCCAGAGGCACCGGAAGGAAUAACUGAGCCAUCCAACCCGGCAGCUCCCGCUGACAACCUGGCCGAUAUUUCAGACGUUCUGCUUGUUGACUCUGCAGCUGCAAAGGCAAAACGAAUAGAGGAGUUUAGUGAGGAGAUCAAGCAAUGUCUUAUACCUGUAAAAGAAGGUAUCCAGCACAUCAAGGAAUGUGACGAUUUCCCAUGCGACUCGUGCAACGAGCACAUGAGGGGUAUCAACAAAGUUUCUCGGAACAAGAACAUUGACCGCAAUGCUGCCGCGGACGGGUUGGCCAUUGACACGGACUACUGCAAAAUGUUUAGCUAUAGAUGGUCAAAGGGGGAAUUGUUACAGCAGAUCGAGGAUGCUGAUCCCACUGAAGAAUUGACGCCCCAAAAGAAAACGAUAUUUACGUUUUAUAUUGAACUCUUAGGUUCCAGUUGGAACUUCACCGAUAAGUCCGAGUACUUCUGUCUACAAAUGGAAGAGGACGGAUGCCUGGCGUUGAUAUCGGACUGGUUUUUACAUCUGGUCGAGGGUUCGAACUCCACGAAUAAAUGGGUUGAUGAUGUAGUCUUCGAUGCAAUGAACGUAAUUGAUAAUUCAUGCAUGAGAGUGCGGGCGUUGGCUCCAAGGCACCACCGAGUCGUACCUGCUCUUCAGAAGUUCGGCGAGUCAACAGAAAGCUUGACCCAGACGAUCGCGUACAUGACGUUGGCUAAGCUAGUCAAGAAAGAAGAAGCCGACAAGCUAUCCACCAAUACCAAAUGCAUUGUAUCGCUACUGUCUCUCCUGAAGAAAUGCCUCUCAAAUCCAGACCACAAGGCCUCAACUAGAAGACAAACAUCUAAGAAGAACUUUGUCACCGUAAUAAGUCUAAAUGCAGAAGAGCUCGUGCAAUCCGUUGAAGAUCUAGCCAUAAAUGAUAACAACAAAAAGCUCAUCGUUACAAAAGGUGGGAUCCCACUCCUCGGGCAAUUGCUUAAACCAAAUUGUUCCAUCGAAGAGAAGACCUCUGCUGCGAAUACCAUCUGGAGACUGGCAUUCCUCAAGGAAAAUAAAGAGAAACUUCGCAAAGACCAGGGUAUCAUAUACAAUCUGACCGAGUAUUCCCAGAGUGAGCACGAAAAACUCCGUACUGCUUGCAUGGGAGCUCUCUUCGAGAUCUACGAAUCCAGACUUCCCGAAAACCUGAAGAGCAAAAAAACCGACGAGGGGUCACCGCAGAGAGCGCCACCCGACAAUGCAAAGUCAACUGGACACAUCAUGCUCAGCUACAAAUGGGAACACCCGUCCAAACCUGUGAUGCGUGAGUUCAAGAAGGAGCUUCGAAAGAGAGGAUACGUUGUAUGGAUGGAUGAGGACCAUAUGAUGGGUGAUAAAAUUGGGGCGAUGGCAGAAGCUGUAGAGAAUGCUGACAUGAUAAUUGCCUGCAUUACAAGUGGUUACCAAGAUAGUCAAGACUGCAGAACAGAAGCGUCUUAUGCAUACGAAUGCAAGAAGAAGAUCAUUCCAGUGAAAGUUAAGGCCGACUUCAAAGCUUCUGGCUGGCUAGGGGGUAUUACGGCCGGGAAGAUAUACUACAUCGUGCAAAAAGAAGAGCUCGUCGCCAAAGUACUUCCUAGCAUCAUAGAAAAAGAAUUCGCUGUGCAGAAAGAAACAAUCCAGAAGGUGAAUGCUACAACGACAGGGUCACAACUGCCGGAACAGGAACCGAAGUCACCUCCAACAGAAUCCCAAGUACCCGGAUGGGAUUCCAAGAGGGUCCAGGAUUGGCUGGCGGCGAACAACGUCACAUCACGUAACAAAGCGCUUAAAUCCAUCAACGGAACUCAGUUGCUGCAGCUCAAGAAACAGCUUACUACAGUACCACAGGCGUUCUACCAGUCCAUGAAAGAUGAUCUGAAGGUUCCAUACCUUGACGUUCUUUCCCUCGCAGCUGCACUUGAAAACCUUGCAUAGUCACGUGGUAAUGUGAUAUCACCAAAGGUACCAUCAGCGUGCCAAGUUACGGCAUGGACUUACAACUCAAGAAACACCUGACCACAAUGGGAAAUCCAAUGUUCCUUACCUUGAAGUUCUUUCUCUAGACGCUGCUCUUGAAAACCUUGAAUAGUCACGUGGUGUUUGCGUAAUUGCCGAUCACGUGAUAUCCCCGACGGUACCACCAACGUGCCAAGUUCCGGCAACUCAAGAAACACUAAUGUUCCUUGCAUUGAAGUUCUUUCUCUCGCAGCUGCCCUUGAAAGCCUUAAGUAGUCACUCAGUAUUUGCGUCAGGCACAUCACGCUAUAUUUUCAACGGACCUGUUACUACAACUCAAGAAGGAACUUGCCACAAUGCCAAAACCUUAAUCAGUCAAGACAAUCUAAUGUUCAUCACCUUGAAGUCCUUCUCUUGCAGCUGCACUUGAAAACCUUGACUAUUUGAUCGAAUAUGUUGUAAAUAUUAUAUUAUGUUUAUAGUUACGUUAGAUUCCAUAUGAUGGUAUUUUGAUUAUUUGUAGUGGUUGGCACGCUUGUAGUAACAAUCCAAUGUGUGUUGAAGCUACAGCUGAUUUGGGCAAUGCUGGCAUCAAAAGUUAAUCAGUGGAAUAUAGCCUGAUUGUGAUUGGUACAAAUUUUCAAAACAGCGACACACAGACCCCUCUGUCUCUAUAACACACAAAAACACAACUGCCUUCACGUGCAUCCUACUCUCUCUCUCACGGGUAUAAAUAGUGUUAAGGAAGCAUUUUGAAAUAAACAAUACCUUACUUCAGUCCCUACUGAACUUGUCAGGGGAGUUCCACAGUGUUCUAUAAUGGGACCAUUGCUACUCAUUCUCUACGCUGGUCUCCUUAGUGUGUCAUGAUAGUGAUCACAUAUAUAAGACGGAUGUUACAUUACUGUUAUUUUCGAGCAUUGCAACAUUGCCUUAGGGAUGGUAAAUAUAUAACUCUAUACUAGUGUUCAUCAGGGUCCCGUCUUACAAAGAGUUACGAUUGAUUCAAUCAAUCGCUACUAUGGAAAGCCAGCGACAUCAACAUCUUUUAUGCAUGUAUGUGCAAAAUAUUUUCUAACUAUGAUGUGUAUUCAUGUAUCUAUUGUUUUCUUGAAAAUCCGCUUUGCUUUUCUUUGUUUACAAAAGACAUUGUGCAAAUUUCCUGUUGAAAAAAUAUGACACUGAUGGAUUUCCAAUGAGUUACGAUGGAUUGGAUCAAUCGUAACUCUUUGUAAGACGGGGCUAACAAUCUUAAACGAGGUUGAACUUUUUCUCUCUGUGACGUCACCAUUUAGGAGAAAGUGAUCUCACUGCCUUUGUAGUUUAUGGGACUGCUGUCAUACCUUCAAAGUCUCCAAUGUACCUUGGAUCCACAAUGGAUACAUUUUCCCGUGAAGCAGAUCAUCCACGUUAAAAAGUAAAAGUAAAACUGCUGCAUAUAAACUUUAUAAAAUGUGAAAGUAUCUAGACUGAAAUCAAGCCUGGCACGUACAGUUAUCAUAUCUCACAGCGACCACUGUAACAGUUCGUGAACUUAACGAAAAACAAAAGAUUCAUCGCAGCUAACGAAACGCUGACACUUUCAAUAACGCUUCAACUUAUCUCGCCUCAUGCACAAUAAAUCAUUCUCGAAAAUGACUCUCAAUCC